AAACAUUUCAAACCAGCUGGGAGCCGGCCAAAUUCAAUUUAAUUUUUACAAAACUUUUAUCAAAAUGGAUGAAAUAGAAUACAAAUUAAAAACUAACAACAGCGUUCUAAUAGUCAACGCGAUAGACAAGUUGUUAUCGACCAUUAAAUCGAAGUAUAAGGUCGGCGAACGGCAGAAGUUUGUGAUCGAAAAUGAAGAGUUAAAGUUCUUGAGGGAAAAGUGCUUGGCACAGGAACACAUGGUUAGCCUGACUGCGUGCCAGGGUCUGUUGGCGUUAGUGGAACUUGGAGUUUUGGAGAUAGCUCACACGAUGUCUACAGUAGUUACCUUGCUUCCUAGCACACAUAACUACUCAGCAAUCAUUUCCACCAUGGCUGGUCUGCUGGUGUUGGACCUCAAGUCCAGACUGGUGCCGGGGCAGGUCUACAAGUGUCAGUUCUCCCUGCGCUCUCCCCGACACCCAUUCAUCACCGUGCUGGAGAAGAACAAGGAGAUGGAGAAUGAUGUGCUAACACAGAUGCAUGCUCUGUGCACACACCCAGAAUAUAAAGUGUCAUCCAACAGCCUGGAGCUUCUCCGGCCAGUGUUCCUGUGGCUAGCCUGCAGUCCGCGCCGCAGCAGCAUCAGGCCGUGGCAGCUAUUGCUGAGUCUGCCGCAGACGGAUGCUCAGUUGCAGCUGUUGGUGGCUUGUAUCACUUGCCAGAGGAUAUGUAGUCAAAAAGAGAUCGAGUACGCUUUUGCCGCUUACUCCGCAGUAACAGACGCAGCUAUUUAUCAGCAGAGACGCGAACACGUCGUUGCGUUUCUGCCCGUGCUCGCGCGAAUCUGUGGCGAGUUAGUGACGCACGGUCGCGACCCGCGCGGCUGCUACAGCCUGAUAGAACGCUGCUUCUCGCUCGAGGCGCCGGAACUCAAGAGCGUGGCGGGCCUCACGCUCAUGCUGCUGGCCCACAACCUCACCCACACAUCCGCGCUGUAUCUGCACGAGCUGUUCAACCUGUGUCUAAACAUAAUCAGCAAAUACGAAUACUCCAAACUAUGCCUGAACUCAUUUGUCGGUCUGUCUCUACAAUGGAUCCAUCUCCCUUCAUACCUUACCAAUAAUGCUUUGAAAGUCGCUUCAAAAAUUGUAGAUAUUCACCAAAACGACCAAAAACAUGACACUGGCCUUUAUAUGGCUAAUCUCAAGUCCAAUACAACGUUCAUAGAACUGGCUCAUUCAGACAAAAUUUUAUACAUGUAUUUCAAGUUGUUAGAAACCUGGGAACGUUUGAGGGAUAACCCGGAGAAGUUAAAAAGUUGGUUUGAUACUUUGACAAGUAUAAAUGAUCAGUUGAAGUUGGAACUGCUCACUUUCUUUGUUGGGGUUGUAAUGGAUAGGUGUGGGGAGGAAGAGGUGACGUUGAAGGGGUUGAGGGUUAUAAUAGACUGUGUGAGGGUUAAGAAGGAAGUGUCGGUGGCAGUGUUGCCAGUGUUGCUUUACAAGAUGGCGAACGAUGAAAGACCCAGUGUAAAACUGGGGUGCUUGAGGGGCCUACCGUUGAUGGCCACGACUAAGGAAAAUGUUCCAGCGUUGGUUUCGAUCCUCAACAAACUGAAAGCCAAUAAAGGCGUCCCAACGUCGCUCCUCAUCAUGCUCUACACAAGACUCGCUGAAACACAGGUGCGUUGUUUCCCGUACCUGCAAGAGCUACUGGUGGACUCUGGAGUAGGAAGACCGGAUGAUCUCAAGUGGGAGGUAGACGUCGCCAAGGCGGUCGCUGUCAAGCGGAUAUGCGAGAUGCGGGCGUCAACUCACGGCCUAGAACUAGUAUCAGUGAUAUCGUCUAUCCUCAACCGUUGUACCGACCGCCCCGGUGCAACCGCCACGUCACUAGUGUUGGAUGCCCUAGCUAGCCUCUGGCGCGGCAACGCUGUGGCCCCGCCUAGCACUUGGCGGGCCUUGGAGCCACGGCUGGGGCGGGAUUCCAGACCGCUCGUGCAGAUUAGCCUUUGCAAGUUGCUAGCUGAAAUCCCAGCACUCCGAGUGUCAACGCCAGAGUAUGACAAACUUAUAGCAGAUGCUGCUAGGAAGCUCUGGCAAUAUAUCGCCGAGUCUAACCAACCUUCAGUAAUAGAAGCGGCCUGCAACGCUCUAGCCGAGUACAAGAUCGAAGACUACAAGCUGAAGGACAUUCCCGAGAUAUACAGACGUACAGUGAAACUGCCGCCUUCUUAUUGCAAGACUCCAGCCGACGCCGCCAGGAAACCUGAAGAUGUCCUCGAUUAUGUACCUUGUGAAGUCUGGCCAGAAGUAUUCAAGUAUACCAACCAAGCUGCCUUGAAUGGUGUUCAUCAACUGGUCACCAAGUUGAUGGAACGGGAGAUCAAGUCAUACAGAAGUGGGGUGUACCAAGUUGACACUCGGGAGCCCCAGGGCGCGGGCCACAUGCCCGUCGCGAGCGUGGUCCGAGGGAUGAUGGAGUGCUUCCGGAAGCAGGUGACAUCCCCAUCUUACGACUACCCAGAAGCUGUCCUUCUAGCGAUCCUCCAGACCUUGACUGAGGAGUUCCCCAAACCCCUGCCUCCAAUGGACCUGUGCUUCCUGCACGAGGUGUUCCAUCGUGGCUCGCUGUGGAAGGCCGGCUGUGUCAAGUUAGCGGCCAGACAGGCGCAUACUUCCGGCUCUGCUAAGAGGUUGAUCGAGAACUUUCUGCAAGGAAUUGUUCCUGGUAGUAGCGAGGAAUCAGACAUAAUGCUGUUCUUCGAAAACCUGUCAAUUCUCUGCAGAACAGUACCUCCAAACAACUUAAGGCCACCUUUGGAGCAAUGCCUUGCAGAGUCAUUUUCAGCAAUACCCAGAGUCAAACCUAAAGACCUUGACCUCGAGGAGUUCCUGUUCAUAAAACAGUUGAGAAUGAUCAAGGAAUGUCUAGAAGGAGACAAAAUACAUGAUGCCAAUAGAACUUUGCUGUCACAAAUUGUGGAGAACUACUUCUCAGUCAUAAAUGAUGAUCAUUUGGCGUGGCCGUUAUACGUGGAAACCUGUCGCGCUCUAUCCACCAAGUAUCUGGAACGGAUGACCUCCCCCACAGGCUGGUGGGAAGUGACGAGCGAGCUUCUGCGCAAGUCCAGUGCAGUGAGGAGCAGACUGGCCGCACUGACUGAGGUCUCCGCCCCACUGGUGUGGCUCAACGAGUCCAUAGACGCGCACGCUUCCAGUAUCACGGAGCAAGAGUAUUCUCUUCGUUGUAUGCUGCCUGCCUUGCAAGUUGCCAAGAUUGAGGAUAAAUCCACGCAGGAAUGGUUUCUCCAACUACUAGCACGAACUCAAGUGGCAUUUAAUGAAACUGACGACGAACUGUCGAAGCUGUAUUUAUGCGACGUAUUUUUUCUCACUGUGACGGUGUUCAGUGGACUCUGGUCCUUCGAACCGGAUGCGGCAACGUUGGCCGCGAGUGGUGCCGCGCGCCGUGCCUUGCUACCGGCCGCCGCGGCCUCUUUGAUGUCGAGAGAUGGUUGGAAGGAUUGUACUGCACAGAUGCUGGAAUGGCUUUGUCACACUCGAGACCUCAUCAAAGAGUCAGAAACGGCGCGGUGUUGCCAGCGAGCGAUGCUGGCGCUGAGACACACUGAACAGUUCACUGCACAGGGCAUUUGGACUAGGAUAGAAACUAACUUUGGCCUGACUACGACCAAUCUAGAUUAUUAAAUAAGUUGAGUAUUUACAUUUGUAUUGACGCCAUUAGCACACACUAAAGUUUGUGGUUCUCCAAACUGGAAAUAUGCCUAAUAUAUAAUUA